AUGGCCUCCAUCCUCCGCCAAAUCGUCGCCGGCCCGCGCGCCCAACACGCCGAAUCCAACCUCGACCUCUGCUACGUGACCCCCUACCUGAUCGCCACCAGCGGCCCGGGCGCCACCUACCCGCAAGUCGCCUACCGCAACCCUCUGAAAGAUCUCGUCAAAUUCCUCGACUCCAAACACCGCUCGCAAUGGGCCAUCUGGGAGUUCCGCGCCGAGGGCACCGGAUACCCGGACUCCGAGGUGUAUAACCGCGUCUGGCAUUAUCCGUGGCCGGACCACCACCCGCCGCCUUUUGCGCUGAUACCGUUGAUUAUGGGGAGCAUGCGGCAGUGGCUGAAGGAUGAGCAGGAGGAGGGACGGGUAGUGGUGGUGCAUUGUAAGGCCGGGAAGGGGCGGAGCGGGACGGUGUGUUGUAGUUAUUUGAUCAGUGAGGAAGGGUGGACGGGCGAGGAGGCGAUGCAGCGGUUUACGGAGACGAGGAUGCGGCCGGGGUUUGGGGUGGGAAUAAGUAUCCCCAGUCAGAGAAGGUACAUUGGGUACGUGGAACGAUGGACGAAAGGCGGGAAGAUGUAUGUGGAGCGGGCGGUGGAGGUGGUGGAGGUGCAUGUUUGGGGAUUGCGGGACGGGGUCAAGAUUGCGGUCGAGGGGUAUGUGGAGGAAGGGAAGAAGAUCAAGAAGUUUCAUACGUUUCAUUCGCAUGAGAGGGAAAUCGUACGGGGUUCGGCAGCGAAAGAGACCGGGUUGGCGGAUGUGGCGUUUGAAGUGCUGGGGAGGAAGAAGAGUGUCAAGCACAAGCAGAGCUCAGCGGCGACUGUGGAGCAAGAUCCAGAGAUCAAGAAAGCACUCAAUGGCGCAGAUGAGAAGGUGAAUGAGAAGAGAGACGAAGAGCAGCCUAUUGGGGCUGAUGUCAUCUUCCGGCCUUCGUCUCGUGUCGUUCUGCCUUCGAGCGACAUCAACAUCGACCUCGAGCGUCGUAACAAGGCGAGUCUCGGCGGCUUCACGAUGGUUACCUCUGUUGCGCAUGUCUGGUUCAAUACGUUUUUCGAAGGCAACGGUCCCGAGCAAGGUGGAUCACCUGACGACUCCGGCGUCUUCGAGAUCGACUUCGACGCCAUGGAUGGCCUCAAGGGCAGCAGCCGGAAGGGCACUCGGGCCUUCGAUAAAAUGGCGGUCGUCUGGAAAGCUGUCGAUGUGGGUCGAAAGCCUGAAGUUGUCAUCACUGAGCCCGCAGAGGGUGAAGAGGUUAAGCAAGCCGAACCAGCAGACUGGAGAGGCGAGAAACCGACACUGUUGAAGAAGAAGUUAGGUCUGCGACCAGCAGAGACGGACAGUGGAUCCGUCAGCCGAGCUAGCAGUGUUCGAUCGCAGCAGAGUGAAACGGCGUACGACUCUGGCGAUGAGCUGAACGGUGUACGCUCUGAUGUGAAUGGCGUCGAUGCGGCCGAGUCCAGCCCCCUGAGGGAGAGCAGUCCUCCGGGAAAUGAAGACACAGGCACUCAGGUCCCUACGCCAAACCCACCAGAGAAGUCGCAUACAGAUCCACUGCCCAUAUCACAGGCAGAUGGUGCUGCAGACCUUCAGUCAGGGACAAAGCACGUUUCGACUUCCGACCUACCUGAGGGCUUGCCAGCAGAUGAGAUGAAGGACGCCAAAGAGCACAGAAUUGGGGAGAUGGUCCGGAAGCAAACGAAGUGA